UAGCUUCAACCGUUCCCCCUCUUUGCAACUAGAGACGCAGUAGUUAUAUCAUUAUAUAGAGAAAAGAUGGCAAUUUACAAGUCUGCCAUUUUGCUACUAAUAGUCUUCGUGACAGCGGAAUUUGUCGCUGCCGAAAAAGAGAAAGUCGAAGUURAAGCAAAGCCUUCCAAAAUAUCAAGGGGAGCCCUUGGCCAAGGCUUUGAACUCCAUAAGAUAGAUCUCCUCAGCAAAGAAUUACAAGCAACAGGAUCAAAGAUUUUUGAGGAUCUACCAGCUGAUGAAUGUACAAUAGAUGACAAACUUGGCACGAUACAAAGAGAUGACUCCUUCUAYAGCAACACCGAGUCCAUCUACARAUCCGUUGCUACCAACUCUAAGGUUGAACCAAGUCUUCAAGGACCGUUCACCCUWGGAACAUCUGUAGRAGCCGUUACAAAUAACAUUGUGUCAGAAAAGWCCGAGGUAUCUGGAUUAUCACUAAAUCUYCUUGCAUACAGCAUGGCCCAUGGCCUCAAGAAAGAAUGCAUCAAUAGUAAAUCCUUGACCAAAGAAAUAUUAAAAGACUUCAAAGACCUCGACAAAGAAAUCAAAAACCCAUGGYUGAAGCAGUCGUGGAGAAAAUAUAAGGURUUCUUGGGAAAGUAUGGAUCGCACAUUGUAACGGAGACRCUAUCAGGYUCCAGCAUCUAUCAGUAUGUCUUUGCAAAAUCCAGCGAAUCCUUCAAACAGCGCGACUUCGCCGUCAAGGCUUGUGUUUCAUUGGCAGGUCCGACACAAGUAGGAAAACUUGGGAUUUCGGCAUGCUCAGACGUUUCUAAAAAGGAUAUAGAAGAAUCAUCAGGGAAAUCAAUGAUCAAAAAGUUGGUAGUCAGAGGAGGGAAAUCAGAYACAAGAGUGGAUUUGACUGGUGAACUUUCCAAAGAACAGAUUAACAAGUUUCUGAAGGAAGCUGCGACCGACCCAUCACCUAUCCAGUACGGCUUUAUGGGCAUUUGGAAAAUUUUCUUAGCCAGAUUUGUUGGAACAGAGCACUAUGCCAAAGCAACCAAUUUAGAGCAGUUCUACAAAGGUUACCUUAGYUUUGGAUGCUCUUUCGAACGAUCGCCAAAAGACCAAGAACUUCAGAAGUUUGACCUUAGUGAGUUCAGCGACCCUGAUGCCCCAACAUACGUUUGCAAACUUGGCCCGGAAGGAUGUCACAGUGACAGCGACUGUGAGAGCGACAACAUUGUCUACUGCGCGUGCUGUGGUGAGACAUGCAUAAGAUACAAUGAAACAAGGCWAGCAAGUUCUGGAAAGACCAAGAAAGAAGCCUACAUAAACGACAAAGACGACGAAUGGCGAGGCCAUGGUUGUAACAAGAAAAACCUUAAAUGCAAAUGUACUGAAGAAAACAAAAAGUGGGGCGAGAGUUGGUCCGGWGAAAGCGAAAGUGACAGCGUAUUAAGAGACAUCAACUGGAUUUUGUCAACAAAAAGAAAAGCAGAACAAGCCAAACGACAUGAAGUCAAGAAACAAAAAUCARCACAUGUCAAUGCUGAGAAUAAAGAACAAUAAUAUAGCACAARAAAUAGAAAUCCUUCACUGUAUGAAGUUUAAAAUAAACUAAAAGCUUUAAAUUCA